CUUGAAUACUGCCGCUCUAGAGCUGAAGACGAAGGCGUCCCCGGCAGAAUACCAGUCCACCCAGAUGCUGGUUAGACCUUCGGCGCGCGUGGUGGAGCCUUGGGCGGAUGAUUUGCUGCGAUACGCGCCCGAGGGGUGCUUUGCUGCUCACACCCUCUCGGUGGAGAUGGGGCUUCGGUUCCCGCUCCAUCCUUUUCUCUUGGAGUAUCUGAGAUUUGUGGGGUUGGCCCCUUGCCAGCUAACGCCCAACAGCCACUCCUAUGUGGCCGGCUUCCUCUCCUUGUGUCAGAGCCGGGGGGUCGAGCCCACACUUGAUCAAUUCUUCAUGUCCUUCAACCUUUGCCGGGGGGGGGGGGGGGGGGGGGCAUUCAAAUGCUGAGGGCUUUGCCAACCUUCAGCAGGUACUGGAGUUCCGGCUUUUUGAUGAUGUGCCCUCGUCUCACAAGGGGUGGAAAGAGAGGUUCUGCUAUAUCCGCCUCGAGGAGAACCCCUUCCCGGCCCAGCUCCGUAAUAGCUUCCGGCGCCAUCCGAAGGUGGGGAGCGCAGCUUUGGAGAAGAAUGGAAAAGUGCUUGCCAAGAAGCCGGAGGGGUCUGACAAGCAUGUCAAGAUCAGAGAAGUCACUCUUCCGGAGGAUUUGCUUAACCUGGGCUUCCGGCAGUUCAGGCCGAGGGGCUCUUCGGAUGAAAGAUACCCUCCCCUCGAUAGGGUCUUCGAAGGCGCCGGAGGUAACAAUAUGGACGUUGGUUCCCUCUUCGCUUUGAAAAACGCGAAAGGGAAGAAGAAGGCCCCGGCGGGCGCUUCUGCCAGGGAGGGGCCCUCUCAAACUGCUGGCGCUGCUGCUGGCGCCGGAGGGUCCAAGGGUGCUGGGCCCGUUAAGAAGAAGAUUGCUGGAAAGGGGACCGAGCCCCCGGCCAAGAAGCCGAAGACCACCGCCCCUACCAAACAACCGAUCACCGAUGUGGUGGUGAUUGUGGACGAAGGGCACGCUUCUGCCUCCACCCCCCAGGAACAAAUCAAUCAGGAGUUCUUUGGGCGGGAGAGGUUGGAGGCGUUAGUACCGAAGGGGGCCUCCGUGUUGGAGGGCAGCUUGAACCCUUCGGCUCUGAUGAGCCAGAUGCUGCCGUCAGCCAACCGACUGGCCCUUGCCCGGCUGGACGAGGGAUCCCUCGAGGCGAAGGUCCUCCUGAAUGCUGCCUCCACAUUUAUGGGCCUCUGCGAGCACCUCCGAAGGGUGGAUCAAAUGAGGGAGGCUAAGGGUGCCGCCGAGGGGGAGGCCGCCCUCCUCAGGAAGAAGCUUGCUGAAGCCGAGGACUCUCUCCGUCUGGCCACCGACGCCAUGGAGCAGAGGGUGCAGGCUGCAAGGGCCGAAGGGGUCAAUGAGGGGCUAGCCAGGGCCGGGGAGGCUGCCGCCGAGGCCGCCCGUAUUGCUGCCGAUGAAGCCCGCGCGGCUCAAGAAGAGGCCGUCUCCAAGGCCCGAGAGGAUGCGGUGAUCAGCUUCACGGCCGAAGGGUGGAAGGCCGAAGACCGGAGGGAGUGGCUCGCUUCGGUGGUGGGGGCUUCAGUAGACGAGUGGGUCGGGGGCCCCAGAAAGAUGUGGCUUGCCGAGAGGGGCGACUCGUACUACCAAGGCGGGGAGUUCUUCACCCAACGCCUCAUCUACCGGAAGCUUGCGAAGCACUUUCAGGUUGCACCGGAGGAGUUCCGUCCAGAAGCUUAUGGUCUCCCCCCCCCCCCCCCCCCCCCCCCCGCCAGCCAGAUGUCAGGAUCCCGCUCCCCGAGGGGGAAGAGAGGCCAGUUCUUGAAGACUCGGAGACCCUCCGGGAGUGCGGCCUUGGGGGUGAAGAAGAUGAAGCCGAGAGCGAGGCGAUGUCCACAGUACCCCCUUCUUGAAUUGUAAUCCCCCCUUUUGUGUUGUAAUUGUUGGCCUCGGCCCCCUUUGUAACAGUGCAUUUAAACUCCCUUUUUUUAAUGAAUGAGUACAUAUAUG